CUAUUAAUGAAAGGUAAGAGAAAGUGACCAAAUUUGAAAUAUUAAACUGGGGUUAAUGACCACGAAUGAAAUAAAAUAUUUUUAGUGACAAAACGCAAAACUUUAUAUUACCAAAUUUGCAAUUUGCUCCCAAAAGAUUAACAUUAGGGAGAAAUGUGUUUAAGGAAGUACGAUAAUAAUCACUAUCAUUCUUGCCGAAAACUAAUAAACUAUACAAGCCAUAAACAUAAAUAUAAAAAUUCAUAAUAAUAUUCUUAUUCCAAAUUAGAUAUGAAGAGCCUGGACAAGUUUAAGCAUAAUAUUUAAAACCGAUUUUAAACUUUAAGAAUAUAAAACCCAGAGCAGAAGAAGUUAAGCAUGAAGCAGCCCUUUAAACCACAUAAAGUCAAAUUCGUUUCGCUUCAAGUCACGAUAUCAUACUAAUCUGCAACCAUUCAGGUACGCUAAAUCAACUAAGGUCCAAAAUGAUAUUGCAGUUGAAAACAAUUUCAAGUUGAAAUCUUCCUUUCUGAGUAUGGUGCCAUUGUUACACAUUCCCAGUUAGUUAAACCUUGCAUGAACAUAGUAGCAUUUUCUACAGUCUAUGCACCAAAGCUCUAGAGACAAAGUUAAGAGCCCAAAUGAACAAAACCAGAGGACAUGUAGCAACACUGGAAGAAGAGAAAGGAGAUUAAUGGAAGAGACGAUGGGACAUGUGAAUUCAAGGGGCUCCUCCUAUCAUGUGACUCACUCUCUGUAUUUUGACAACAAUGGUCCCCCAAAUGGAGCUCCUUCUCCAUCCAUUCUCUGUCUCUUUCCCUUCCAGACACAGAGACAGUGACAAAAGGUUGCAGGGAGGGAACCAAAAAUCUCUUUCGUCCAGCAAUCUUUGAAUACGACCCAUCAAACACCACCCCCAAAUUCCCUUGCCACCAUUAUUAUCACUAGAAAAAACCCUGUUCAUAUAUAGCUACCCCUCAAAAAUAAAUGACACUUCCAUUCAUGAAGAUGGGUGUUCUUUCUCUGCCUCUGCAUGCGCACGUUAAUGAGUUUCUCCCACAACUGUUCCAAUCCCAGUUGACGAUUUCUUGUGCUUGAUGAUGGGUAACAGGGGAAUCAUUGUUAUUUUCACCAAAGCUUGUGUCUUUACUAGCACUGUUUGGUUUUCUGCUUGAAUGGAGGCAUGGAAGGGGUCCUCCUCCCAGUCACAAUAGUAUGAAAUUAUCUGUCUAGUAGUGUAGGGGGGUGACAUUAAAUGUUAUGUGUAUUCAAUUGUGGUUUCAUGUGUUGCUUUUCUAGAAAAAAUUUAGUUUGCUUAAAUGCUUGUACCUGUAAGAGGAAACCCUCCCCCCCACAACCUAUCUCAAACUGUUCAAUAAGAUAUAUCUAGCUGGUUUAUGCAUGCAAGCUGUUUGCUUCAUUGCCUGAAUGAAAAAGGUUGGGUGAGUUUCUGUCUUCUGCAGCAGCUGUCGCAGUUGGAUUUUAAUGGUACCACUCAGAUUUUCUCUCUCUCUCUCUCUCUCUCUCUCUCUCUCACAAGCUACACUUAAUGGGGUUUUUGGUUGUUUUCUGGGAAGUUUGGUUUAUUCUUACAUUUGUAUAUGUAAGUGACGUGAUAUAUGGAGAGGGGUUGGGGAGGGACUUCUUCACUUGGAACUUUGUGGCAGGGGUGAAAACAUGUCCUGUCGUUGUUACUCAUUUUGCCUUCUAGUUGAAAUUGUUCUGCCUUUGUUGUUUCAUGGAAUCUAAAAUUCCCAGGUUUAGCUGCAAAAGGUCACAAAAGUUAUUCACUUUGUCAUGCACAUGAUGUUUGGAAUCAUUUGUUUGAGCUUUCUGUCGAGCUGAGAGAGAGAGAGAGAGAGAGAGAGAGAGAGGGAAAGAGAGAAAUGACCAUACGACUGCUUGCUUAUCAUGGCCUCUAAGGUACUUUUUGUACAAAAGCAGCAGGUUGCAGAUGGUUUUAUUUAGAAGGCAGUGUCUUGGAUUUUGACAUUGCUAAAGCAGUGAUGCUUUUUCUAAGAUUAGGCCUCUCGGUUUUGGAGAUCUUUCAUGGGAACUAAAGGUUAGCUGUGGUGGGCUGCCUCAGUUCUCAACCAAUAUAUUGGUGUCUGGCAAGACUAAUUUUUUCAGGUUUUCGAAAAGUUUGCAGAUUCUUUGCUGGGAAUCUUUAGGGAUUCGCAAUUUGGCUUCUUUCUGCCAGAUGGAAAUUCUUCCGGUCUUUGGAGAAACAAACACUUCCCUUGUCCUCUUCAAACUGGACAGCAUUGAUAUGUGCCUUCCAUUAACAGUGUUUACUUUAUCUGCUUAGCUGGACUGAGCUGAAAUGAAGGAAGGCACUGGAACAUGAUUCCUUCGUCAGGUUUCCAGCGUGUAAAAAGUUCUCAGUAGCUUUGAAUUUCUGCUCAGCCUUUUGUUCCUACCUAUUCAGCUGCUCACCAAUACUACGUUUGAAAAAAUUCACCUUGAAAUUUGUGCUACUUGAGUGCUCUCUCUUUCUUUUCAACAGUUCAUGGUUUAGCUGUUGCAUAAGUUCCAUCGUAGUCUUUUGCAAGUUUCAAACUUGAUAUCCAAGAGGUCUUAUUUUCCAACUCCCAUGUAGAAUCUGAAGAGAAUAGGAAAAGGAGAGUAUUUGAUUGAUGCAUUCAGUUGUUGCUUGACUUACAUCCUUUAAGAAGGUGCUUAGUUGGUAUGCGUACAGUAAAAAGAUUAAACGGUUUCUUUGUUCUGGGUUGGUGAGUAAUAGUCUGAGCUGGUGGAGCACUUUUGAAGAAUUUGUUGUUGCAGAGUUUUGAAAAGAGUAUACCGAUCAUUAGAAGCUUUUAGUUCCAUGGCUGAAAUAUGACUAACUGUUGAUUGCUGCUUGGUGUGUUAUCAAUCCAUUCUUGCAGCAUAUUAUAAUUUGAUUUCCUACUUCCAUACUUUCCCCAGGAUCAGUUCAAGAUCCAUUGGCCAUCUCAAAGUUCAAAGAGUUAUGCUAUUUGACCAUGCAUUUGCUCUGGUGGCUACAUUUACCACUGCUUUUGAUGGUGCAACUCUUACAGCUCUCAAGUACUGUUCGGAUAAGGCAUGGUUAGAAUCUUUUAACUUCUCUUUGAAUUCUCCAAUUACUGCUUGUCUUAGCCAGAUAGAUCAUAUUAGUUGAUUUGAGUGACAUGCUACAGUUAUUUCUUGCUUCUAAACACAGCUCAGUUUAUUUUGCUACAGCUGAAACUUCGUUUGCUUGUGAGAGUACCCUUUGCAAUAACAAACAGUCCAAUGGCUGGAUGGAGGGAUACCCAUGUCUAAGACAAUCAGCAAGUCGCAAGCAUCGCCAAUUUAAAACCCCAGGCAUCCAUUUAGGAUUACAAGAACGGUUAUAUUUAUUACACACUAAGAGGAUAGCAAAGACAGUUGAUGGAUCCAAUGGUGUUCCUACAUUAACACCAGUGCAACCAUAUGAUGACACAAAAGCAUGGAAAAAGAAAGUUGCAGCCAUAGCUGGAGGUGUUGGUGCAGUUCUUCUAGUAAUUAUCAUUGUGGUAAUCGUUUACUUGUGCAUUAAGAAAUUGGCAGCACAAACUUCUGAAAGGGAGUCCUCUGCACAAUCUCCAACAACAGGGUUGGAAAUAGUUGGAACUCCCACAUAUGCUAGUCCUCAUCCUCCGGGCACACACUUCCUGAGAUUAUUGACAAUUGAGGAGUUGAAGCUGGCGACACGAAGUUUCAGUGACAGCAAUAUCAUAGGCGAAGGCUUGCUUGGUUUGGUUUACAAAGGGCUGCUUCUUGAUGGAUCUAUUGCUGUCAUAAAGAGAAACAUAUAUCAUCCGGUUCAGAACUUUGCUAAUGAGGUUAGACACAUCGCUUCCGUCCAGAACCAGCAUCUUGUAAAGCUUAUUGGUUAUUGUGAGGAUAGGCAGCAACAGUUUCUUGUAACUGAAUUCAUAUCCAAUGGAAAUGUGGGACAAUACCUCUAUGAUAGUGAAGGUCUGCCUGUUGGGAAAUUGGGUAUCAAGCGUAGACUGGCCAUAGCCUUAGGUGCAGCAAAAGGGCUUCGGUAUCUUCACAGUUUGGUCCCUCCUUUCCUGCACAUGCAUUUCAGAACCAGCAAUGUGCUUGUGGAUGAAUAUUUCACUGCUAAGGUAUCUGACUAUGGAAUCUACAAGUGGGUAGCAGAAACUCCGCACCCGGGAUCUUCUUCUUCUGUAGAUCACUUCCUUGAUCCCGAGUUGAAUUCGUCGAGGGACUUCUCAGAUCUCAGUGAUGUCUACAGUUAUGGAGUAUUCCUACUAGAGCUGAUCAGUGGACGUGAAGCACAUGGCAAGUAUCAAUCAAACUCAGACCAGAAUCUACUGCUUCAGGCUAGGGAUAGCAGCCUCAAUGACUUCGUGGACAAGUCGCUCCAAGCUAAGGAUCGAACGAAACGAAUCAUGGUGGAUCUGGCAUUGAUGUGUGUGGAUGUCAGCACAAGGAGACCUUCAAUGGAGAAGGUUGUCAAAGCGCUUGAAUGGAUUCGAGGGCGGGAAACUGGGCAUGUGGAUCAUGACUAUGGUGAGGAGAUUGGAGCUGUAAAACUUGGGAGUGAACUCUUCAAAUGACCAGCCUUUAUUUAUCUCCUGUCUUUCUAUGGAUUUACAUUCAACUGCUAAUUAGUGGCAUUCUUUAUUGGACGUAAUAUUAGUACCAAAGUUUAAGGACUUCAAGUCAUUCAUCAACUUGCAGAUUGGUUCAGAUUGUUUUAAUUGUGAUUAAAAGUGGUGUUUACUGAAUAAAAAAAGGAUGGCGGCAAUCUAUGGAUGCUGAAUGUGGCUUGAAUUCUUCCAUUGUUAGUUGCUGUUUGGCAAGCAGCCUAAUUAGCCCAUUUUCACAAAAAUGAAACUUGACAAGCAAUACAAUGUCAGAACAAUAGCAUUCAUGAGAUUAAAUGUUUUAUUAUUAUUGACAAGCAAUACAUGAGAUUCCGUGUACGUGCUCGAGUUUGCCGAGCUAAGUGAAAGUUCGAAAAGAUAGUAAUACAAGAAUUUUAGUGCUAAAAAAAAACUAGAAAAACGAAUGACCUUCAACGAUCAACAUUUACCAACCAUCAUACGAGCUCUCGUCUAGUUAAUUGCGAAUUAAUCUCAAUGAACCAC